GUAACCCAUUUCCUGCCGCACGCAGUCAACUAUUUACCACUGACGACGACCAGCUACGUAAGACUUAAGGGACCUGUCCCAGUUUCGGUACACUUGCACGAAUGGCUAGCUGAUGCUUGCGCUAGAAGACAGUACUUCAGUGUAUUAGGUGCCCAAACGAUAGGCGUAAAAGCAAUCCCCACAACUCCAACAGCUACGUGCUCGAAUAGCCUACUUGAGCGACGUCAGAAACUUCGCGGGGGUCCUUUAAACUAAAGCCUGAGAAUGUCAGAGGGAAGUGCGCGUCACCCUGUCCGAAACUCGAACACUGCAAGCCAAGACACGAACCAAAGUGCACGGAAAAUGAAGAUCAGCAUUUGUCCGACGACUGGGGGAAGAAUGGAACUGAACAUCUUGGAAAAGGAAACCGUGAAUGGUUUGAAAUGGCUAAUCUCCAGAAAUCUGCGCAUCCCUCCCGAGAAAAUAACCCUGUUGUACAAAAAUAGAUUGCUGGAUUCGGGGCAGUUACAGUGUUAUCAGGUCACUGAUGGCAGCCGCAUCACUCUCUUACCAAAUAUGGAAAGUGGGUUAUCGGUUCAGAAGUCAGAAGUAGGAGUUAUUCAAGCCUUGGAAAACCUCUCCGAUUCACAGGUUAAUGAUUUCCUGUCCGGCAAGGCUCCGUUGUUGUUGGCAAUGCGUCUCGGUGACCAUAUGAUGUUUGUGCAACUACAGCUCUCCACUGCACCGUGUGUGGCACGUCGCAACAGAAAUCAUGCUGCCCCAUUGUUAACUCCACCCACUGCAGCAGCCAGCCCAAGCCCCACAGUUGGGCAGGGUGUGCCCAGUACAACGGUUGUCAACUCCACAGUAACGGGCACCUCCUCCCAAGGCCCACCUCUCAGCCCUAACUCGCUCACACGGGCCAGCAGGAACCUGUCACAAAAACUUCAACAGUUAUCCAGAAUAACCUCCGUUAAUCCAAAGUGUUCCAAUGAAGUGACCCCAUUUCCCACUGCAGAAAAGGAUUCUGGAGCCACUAUAGAAAGUAUGCACCACCAUGGCAAGGGAGUGUACUCUGGAACAUUUUCAGGUACACUGGAUCCAACUCUGCAGGAUCGUGAUGGAAAACCCAAGAGAGACAUCAGCACAAUAAUCCAUAUCCUUAAUGACCUUCUGGGUGCCAAUCCCGCUUUACGACCCUCUGCUGCUUGCCCAAAGGAUCCCACACAUCAUCAACCUAAUCUAAAGCUAUCCCGACCUCCAUUUAACCACCAAGGAAACCUUUGCCCAGAUGUGGAAACAAAGAGCUUUAGUGAUGAGGAAGAGGCCCUAAGAGGAAAACUCCAUCGACUGCAACAAAUGAUGGAAGAGAGGCGCAUGCGGCGCCGGGCUCGCCGCGAUCUCAAGUCGCCGUACCAGUGGCACGGGUUAUGUAGAGACAAUCAUCCCGCUGACAUCACUACACAGAGCGGUGCUCUUCCCAUGGGCACAUGUGUGAAACCAUCACCCGUGGAAACGAUGAAGCCUGUAGGGAUGGAUGUCGGGGAAACCGUUGGCGAGAGUUCUUACAACAACACCGCACCGAUGGAACACGAAACCCUGGCCGUGUGAAUGUAUCCAACCACACGUACCUUUGUCGUCGUUGGCUGAAAAAUGUUUCCGCGACUUGUUGGAGCGUCAAAAGCUCAACAGUUGUGAUGCUGUUUGGGUUGCCUUCAACUGGCACCCACUUUGGUUGCAGCUUCCCUUGUUAUGCAAGGAGGGCGCUGUCCCCACCAUGGGGAAAGUCUGGUUACCAUAGCAACCAGUCACCAUGGCAUCUGAUCUCGGUGAAAUGGCAAGCAUCUGGUCAUUGUGAGGUGUGUGCAAAUGCAAGUUCAUGACUCUAGUCAGACUGAUUCGAUCCAGCAAACCAAUGUUAUGCUGGCUGAUUGCACAGUAAGAAGCACCACCUUAGUGUGUUAUUCACAUACUGAGCACUAGCCUGUUGUGCCUUCAUGUAAGGCAAGGAAUGUUGAACACUGACAGAAUUGUACAGAGGCUUAAAUGUUAGUAGGGUCAUCAGUUUGUAACAGUUGUUGCACGAUCUUGUAUGACCUUGUAAAAUUGUGAACAUCAGAUUUGAAACAGUGUGAUUGAAGCCUCACUGUACUGAUGGAAAAAAUGAGUGUAAAUGGUGACAAAAAAUGGUUCAGUUUUGUCUACUUUGUGGUUGUCAAAUAGUGUUGAUUUUCAUACAUGUACAAUAUAGUCUUUGUAUGGUUAGAUUUUACACACAAGAGUAGAUUAGGUCUUCAUAACAAAAAGCCUUUGCAUACAAAGGCUAUGCACUAAAUAUAUAUUGUUUUGGUUGCCAUAUCUGACUCUCUAUGCUGUAUUCUAACCAGUUAUGUAAAUCAUAGAGUUUUGUUUCUCAAAUUAAAUUUUUUAAAAAUGUAUUUUUCAUUUAUGAUUAGGAUUUUCUUUACUUGUAGUGUUUUGUGUUCACUGUCAUUUUGAAAUGUUUCUUGAAACUAGUUACUGAAGGGUUCAAGAGUUGUCAGCUCCCUUGGGGUUUAAGGGUUGUUCAGUUCCCUUGGGGUUCAAGGGCUGUUUAACUCCCUUUGAGUUUUAGGGUUGUUCAGUUCCCUUGGGGUUUAAGCGUUGUUCAGCUCUCUUGGGGGUCUAUGGUUGUUCAGCUCUCUUGGGGUUCUAUGGUUGUUCAGCUCCCUUUGGGUUUUAUGGUUGUUGAGCAUCUUAGAAUCAUACAGUUCCCAAGGGAUUCAGCAAGUUCAGCUCCCCAAAGGGCAUUUUCACAAGAGCAGUGUUCUGAGAACCCAAGUGACUCGUACCUUGUGAGUAAUUGGGGUAAAACGAAUAUGUGUAAGGAACACAGUUUGUUGAUCUUUUGAUUGCUAACUAUAAGCUUGAAAUGAACCUUUUCUGGAACUAGAAUGUUUUAUGGUUCAUUUUCUUUCAAAUUUCUUUAUUACCUUUUCAUUUUCUUUUUUGUCCAUUUUGCUCAUUUUGUUUCAUCUUGCAUAGGUACAUAAACAUAUUAACAUGUAAUCAGAAAUGGGAAUCCUCUGAGGUUUUGAUUGGUAUCCUUAUAAAUACAUUUUCAUCAUUUAUAAUGAUGGAAAUUUGUUUUGUCACUGUUAUUUUUGUAAGCUGUAUGUUUGUUAACCAAGUUCUAUUUGCAAGCAUAAUUAAUCUUUAGAAGGAGAAUAUCUGACAAAUUUCUGAAAAGGAUUAUAGUGAUUAUCAGAUGUUAAUUAUAUGAAUGUACUUUUUUUAUAAGAAAAAACUUUACAAUCCACUCAAAACCAUCUUCCAAAUGCAAAGUAGUAGUUGUUGUGGAACACAAACACUAAGUGGUGUGAUUUGGUAAUAUACAUGGUUGUUUUAUAGCAGAAUCUUGUCCAACUUCUCAACAGUAUCAUUUGCAUAUCAAAAGCUAGUGUUGUUGUUGUAACCCGCCACUUGCCAACAUCACCGCCAGUUCACCCAUUGAUUCAUAUGUAAUAUAAUAAGUCAACCACACUUAUAACAUGAAUUUGCAUAUUGAUCCUAAAAUGGUCUAUCAUAUGUGUGUCGAAUGUGUUCUAAAUGGGGUAGUCCGAUUGAAUCCAAAUUAUAAAGCAAAUGAGUUAACCUAAAAGCAAAGUAUAAAUGAAUAUUUGUUUUUUGGUGAAGAUUUUGUCCUAAUCAGUUUACACCUGGCUUCAUAUGAAACAUAAUACAAAUGAUAGCUGGUUGAAAUGCCAUAUCUAACUGCAGAUAUUCUGGUCCUGAAAGCUAUCUUUGGGUCAGAUUUUUUCAAACUGAGAACUUCAUUUUCCUCUGUUACACCUUUUCAACGUUGAAUUCUUUGCAAAAAUAGGUUAAAAUAUAGCGUUCUCCAUGUGAUGGAAAUAAAGGAUGUUUUACACCAGUGUCACGUUUUUCAGCAUUCUGUUUACUGGCUUCAAAAGAGAAAAAAAAGUUUUAUACUUAAGUUUACAAGACUUACAAAACCUUUCAUAAGCUGUAUGAUAUGAUAUAAGCUAUAUGAUAUGGCCCCAUUGUGUGUAACUACACAUGCCUUUAUGGUUCAGUAUAAACUUUGUUUCACUGUCGGGAAUGUCCCGUGUUAAUAUGCCCAUACGGGAAGUAAAACCGAACAGCACAGUUUUGUAGA